AUGGCGACUGAACAAACAAAACGUGAUAUUGUCAUCAUCGGUGGCGGUAUCAUUGGCUCGACGACAGCAUACUACCUCUCACAACAUCCAAGCUUCAACAAAGAAAGAGAUAGUAUCACGCUACUGGAAGCGACGAAAAUCGCCGGUGGCGCGUCAGGGAAAGCAGGCGGUCUUCUCGGCCUCUGGGCUUACCCAUCAUGCAUCGUUCCGCUAAGCUAUCGUCUGCACAAGGAGCUUGCAGACCAGCAUAAUGGUGCAGAUCGGUGGGGUUAUCGCGCCGUGCACUGCGGGCAGAUCGAUAUGUACGGCGUGCUAAAGAAGGAAGAUAAGAACGGCGCUGUGAAUGGGCGGAGCGAGGAUUCCGUAAGCCUCGAGAAGAGGAGUAAAAAAGCGAUCGGUUUGUUGCGAGCAGCUGGUGUACCGCCAGAUCUAGAUUGGAUUGCGGCGGAUGGGAUCAAGAGCUAUGAUGCCAUGGGCACACCAAGCACGACCGCACAAGUGCAUCCCUUUCAGUUCACGACAUCAAUGGCCCAGCUAGCGGAAGAAAAUGGCGCAAAAAUCAUCUACGGCUCAGCAACAGAGAUCAAGCAGGAAGCCGACGCUAUCCGAGCCGUAUCAUACAAACCCAGAGACGGCGGCGAAGAACAGACCCUCGACGCAAGCACCAUUAUCCUCACAGCCGGGCCCUGGACACGCACCAUCUGGCCCCAAGCCCCCAUCUCCGCCACCCGCGCGCACAGCGUGACGAUCCGGCCCACGCGCCCCGUCUCCGCCUACGCGCUCUUCACCUCCAUCGAUCUCCCGCGCUCGCCCACCUCGAAGCGCGGCGAAACAGUCACACCCGAGAUCUACGCGCGCCCCAACCAGGAGGUCUACGCGUGCGGCGAGGGCGACCACCUCAUUCCCUUGCCCACCAGCUCCGACCUCGUCCAGGUCGACGACAGGCGGUGCCAGGAUGUCAUCGACUACGUCUCGACGGUAUCUGAGGAGCUGAGGGAUGGCGAGGUGACGGCGAGGCAGGCGUGCUAUCUGCCAAAUGUGACAAGGGGGCAGGGACCGCUGAUUGGAGAGACGGGGGUGAAGGGUCUUUUGAUCGGUGCUGGGCAUACGUGUUGGGGGAUACAAAAUGCGCCCGGUACGGCCAAGUGUUUGAGUGAGUUGGUGUGGGAAGGGAAGAUCAAGAGUGCGAAUUUGAGCAGUUUGGAUCCUAGGAGGGUGAUGUAG